AUGAUGAGUCUUCAAAGCGUCGCUAACGUAACGGGAAAAAGAAUGAUUUCUAGCUCAGUCCGUGUGAAAGCAAAACCACGUCAUUUGGUGAACAUGAUGCAAUUGACUAAUGGCGAGUUGAACUCUUUAAUCCAGAAAGCUGAAACUUACAAAAAGAUAAUAAAAAAAGGAGAACCUUCUGUUGAAAAUCAUAAUAAGCUUCUAGGAAAAUUAGUCGCUUUACUUUUCAACAAGAGAUCAACCAGAACAAGAAUUAGUACUGAAGGUGCAGCCUCAUUCUUUGGUGCGCAACCUAUGUUUUUAGGAAAAGAUGAUAUACAACUAGGUGUCAAUGAGAGUGUCUAUGAUACGACCAAAGUUAUAAGCUCAAUGACUUCAUGUAUAUUUGCCAGGGUGAGCUCACACCAAGACAUUCUUGACCUUUGCGAGAAUUCUUCUGUCCCGAUAAUAAAUUCUUUGUGUGAUAGGUUCCAUCCAUUACAAGCUAUAGCAGACCUUCUCACCAUCAAAGAAGAAUUUGGAGAUACCAAGGGGUUAAAACUUACUUGGAUAGGUGAUGCAAAUAAUGUUAUAAAUGAUUUGUGUAUUGCUGCUCUUAGAUCUGGCAUUUCAGUAUCUAUUUCUAUUCCAAAAGGGAUAGUGUUCGACGAAGAAGUCAAGAAGAAAGCUGAAGAAAUAGCUAAAGAUCAAAAGCUAUCCUUUGAGAUAUUGAAUGAUCCUUUGAGUGCGUUGCAUAAUGCGAAUGUUAUUGUUACAGAUACUUGGAUUUCUAUGGGCGAAGAAGCUGAAAAAGCUGAGAAGUUGAAGCAAUUCGAAAAUUACCAGAUUACUAGCUCAAUGAUUUCAAAGGGAAAGGCAAGUAGUAAUUGGAAGUUUAUGCACUGCUUGCCAAGGCAUCCUGAAGAAGUGUCAGACGAUGUAUUUUACAGUGAAAAUUCUUUGGUAUUCGAGGAAGCGGAAAAUAGAUUAUACGCAGCAAUGGCUGCCAUAGAUGCCUUUGUGAUUGAAGGCAAUAAGUCCCUGGAGUGA